UAGUUUGAAUAUUUAUCCGUUGUCCUAGUAGUACAGUACCUGGAAACAACAAGUUCUCAUAAAUAUCAGCUCUAAAAAAGUGAAAUCUAGCUACGUGGCGAUCGAACACUUACCCGCUAGUAUAUUAAACAAACUGUUGCCAAUAUUGAUCUACUUCGUUUCUAACGGAAGGCACAGCUUCUUCAUCACCGCGGCGCGCCGCCCGGUUCGGUUCCCGCAUUCAUGUUCUCCGGGACGAAAACGAAGUAGCUUGUUGUACGGUUUCUUUGCUUUUUCAACGAACAGAGGAUCAAUCCCUUGACCCGGCCGAGCUACGGCACAAAGAAAUAGCUACUAAAUAAAAUUGUUGUACUUCAUUUUUGUUUUUUCCACCUCAAGAUGAAGAUGUAGAUGAAUCAGAUCAACACUCAAAAAUAUGUUACUUUGCGUUCCUUCUCAUGUAAAAAUAGUGAUAUCAGUGUUGUGAAUAAAGCCUUCGAAUACAACUCCGUAGAUCUCCUUUUGUCAUCUAUCUGUCCUUCCCCUGAACCACCGGUGUGAGAUACAAACAACCCUGGGGCAUCAAAAACGGGGCGAGCAAGGACCAGAACAAUUGAUGAGAAGAACCGCGUACAAAAGAAAUUGACCACUUUCCACCACCCCUACGCUUCCAGAAGUACAACCUGCCCGACUGCGAUUUCGCGAGUAGCCUUGUACGCAAUCUUCACCAUGCUGCCGUCACGCACAGGAUCGACCGCACCGUCGCGCAACGACCAGGAUGCCUACAUACGGGCACGGGAGGAGGGACAUUCGCAUUCCGUUGGAGAGCUGGACCAGGCCUUGGGUGGCUGGGGUGCGUUAGAGGGGGACGAGGAUGGCGAUGACGACAUUCUUGCGAAACCGCGGACGAAAUCCGCGGGCGCCGAACCUGGAUUGCCCCCUAGUUUCUGUUUUUCCUCCACUUCUGCGGAGGGUGGGGGUGCAACGGGAGUCGGAAAUCAUGACAAUGGGGUGCUGGACCGGUACGAGUGAAUUCAGUGAUCAUAAUUGUAUAUUCUUUAACGGUACUUGAUUCGGAGAAAAACAAAAAUGUCACAGCAUAAAAAAGUGCACACCUAUGUACCUCUUAUUCGACGUAAAAAAAGUUGUAUCUUGUGUUGGGAGGCUAGAAGGGUCUGUUAAAGAGCGCCAUCUGAUCUACAGUCUAGAGUGCAGGCGUUAAAUGAAUUGCUCAGGUCCGACGACGAGGAAGUUGACAGUGGCGGCGAGUCGGUCGCCGACGACCCAGUGGAUGUGAAUGACGCGGCGGAGGUGGAGGUGAAAAAGAAGACCAAGCGUGGCGGGGUGAAAAAGAAAAAAGGUACUCUGCCUCAUUAAUGUAUUUGAAUUGCAUGUCACGCCAAUCAUGAACAUGAUGAAGAUGCACCAUGAAAAUGAAUUCGUCAAUAGUUUUUCUGUGAGAUUCUAAUCCUGAGACACGGCGACUGACAGAAGCAAGCGCUUAUCUUUACGACUGAGAUAAAAGUUUCUUCAAACCACGAACAUCAGGUACCAAGAAGACGGAAAUGAAAAACAUUAUUUCGCCGGCUCAGAUGUUAGGAAUGAUGGUCAAGGCCAACAUCACCGAUCCGAAAAAUGCGGAGAGGACUUCUACGGCCGAAGCGAAUAAGAUCAACACAACUUCUACAACUGCUACUACACCCGGAGCCGCAGAGACUGGGCCCUCGGCCUCUACUUCCGUCUCCGGUGGUGCCGGCGGCCGUACCCGACCCGCACACCUUCCUACGCCACCCCCGGCCCCGGCCUUGGCUCCUGGAACUGGUGCGUAUGAGCACGCGGUGCCGCGGCCGCCGACCCCGAAGUACCCCGCCAAAUCGAGCCCCGGCGGCGAGGGGGAUCCCCGCUACGCCCUCGUGGGUAACUACUACCUGGGCUACCUGCGGGUGCUGAAACGGGGCAAGCAGUGGCCGGUGUGCCAGUUCUGGUUCAAGGAUUGCGAGUUGUUCAGUAAACAAAACAAAGAAAAUGCGCCGGCCUUCGCCUACUGCUCCAAGAACUGGGCCUUCCGCGGUGACCCCGACCAUAAGCGCUUCGUCGCGGCGAGGGAAGGAGAACAGGAUCCGAACUGGGAAAAUCGCACCCGUACAUACAAAUAGGAAGUGCUGGAGGAUAUUAUAGAUGAGAUAUGGAACAUCAAGCUCUUUCGAUUUUUGACUUUGCUCUUUUCUUUAUUUUCGUUUUUUGCAAGACUUCUUGUUCUUACCCAUGCCAUCAUCACAAGCAACAACUUACAGUCGUCCGGUUUCGGAUGCAAAUCAUGCAGAAAAGCAACCUGGAGCUGCGUCCGCAGGCGGAGGACGUGGAAGUUUUGACGAGAGAAGAGUACGAGAACUACUUGCGCCAAGAGGCGGAGGAUCAGGAGCCGGAGGUGGCUCAGCAUCCGGCGCAGACAGGAGCCAUAGACCAUCAACAGAUCACGCAUGGGCAGCACAACAUGGGCGUUGUACAGAAUAACACUACGACGUCGAAUGGUUCGACUGCCGCCAGCGAGAAUCAGAACCACCUGUACAACAACCGUGAUGCAGCGUGUGGGGCUACAACUCUCGCGCAGGGAACCGCGGGAAACACCUGCGUUGCACCAGAGACCCACCAGCGUGGUAACUGUGGAACUGCUCCGUCAGCUAUGACUACGACGCAGCAAUACAACUAUCACACCAACAACAGCCAGCAGUCCGCGAGCUCCAGCAUCAAUUCAUAUAAGAACCCGGCGUUGAGCAACAGCUCCGCUGGUGGAGACAGGAUUAUUACUCCAAUGGUUCAUCCCGUGGUAACUCCUUGGGGAGUGGAUACUCGAGCGGAGCAGAACACUGCGACAAAUGGUGGCGACCCUAUUGGACAAGCCGCCAUGGCCCAGCAAGCGGAUCUCGGCGCAUCGUGGGUCGAACAAGGUAGUACGAACCCUUACAACACCGAGGGAUCGACAUACACGAACGGAAACGGUUGGGAAGAGAUGCACCAUCAACAGCAGACUCCCUGGCCCGAGGCUGAGUCAUCGUCUUCCGCUCCCGAACAAGUUGCGCAUGAAAAUUGCAGGAGCGCUCACGAAAAUGGCAACCGGUGCUGGGAUCAGGUGCAGCAGCAGCAAGCGACGGCUUUGGAGCAGCAAUGGACAAUUACCAGCACUGCAGUCCACCUAACCGGGGGCGGGGACCACACGGCGCGCGGUGACGAGCAGUCCGGCGACGCAUUAUCUCAGACCCAGCCGCCACCUCCGCCAGAUCGCUCGGAGUCAAUGGAUCAGUCGUUGGUGGAGAACCCGGGGGCGCAAAUGAACUCCGCCGUCGCUCGAAUGUACAGCAAUCCGUACAAUUCCUAUCCCAUAGUGGAACUACCUUCCUAUAACCACUUUCCUUCAAAUGAUUUAGCAUUUGUGGUAUUUUUGUCGGGUGAUGGAGGUGAUGCAUGAAGUGAUACAUAAUGUUGGCCAGGAGCACGGCGAUGCAGGGCCAGUGGCUCAAACAGAACUAGCAGGCAUCACUAUAUUUUCAUGGAGAUUUCGGCACUCAUCGAAAAUAACUCAACUCCUGGCUUCUUCUAUCCACCAAGAGACUUGUGCAUGGUUUAUUCACCCGUUUCAUUUCCUGCACAUGCGUCGCUGGUGCAGCUUCUCUCGAGAGGAAGGAGGGAAAGUUAGUAGUUUCCACGUGAUAGUAAGGCAGCUCAACUACAAAUCGCGUCCGCCCAGGCAAGCGUCGCGACAUAUGCUCACUACGGUGGACAUUCCUCUACCACUCAGCAGAACCCUUACUCCUCUGCCCGCCCUCGUCAGGAAGAGCGCGAUCAUCAAAACUGGGGCGCUGGUGUUCCCAACGGCGCGGGAGAUGAACACCAGCCAUCGCAUCCUUACCACGUUGCGAAUCAGCAACACCACUACAACGGAUCUCAACUACAAGUGGCGAAUGGGACGAGUGCAAACAAAAUCCAAACCGAGCACCAAUAUACGGGCGCGUCGUAUUACAACUACCAUCCAAGAAGCAUGACCAUGCAGCACAACAGUUCCUACAACAAUAUCGCAGCACAACAAGCUUCGUAUGGUGAUUCGCAGCAGUGCAACUCCGGUACUGACGACGCAGCUCACUGUGUUGGUCACGUGCAGCGAGCGACUGGUCGUGCAUCUGCGGUGGUCGUCCCCGUGCAUCGUUAUCCGUGGCAAGAGCAGAGCGAAGUAGAUCCAAGCACAAUGGUCGCAUCGGAGCAGCAUGAUGCAAGAGUGCGAGCCGAAGAUCCGACCAAGAAUUCGAACUCUACUACGGACACCUCGGACCUUGGAGCAGGAGAACAACAUCACGUUGUUGGUUAUGAAAUAACUACAACUUCCUCUACCUGUAAUACAGCCAAUGCACAGAACGUCGGCACUUGUUCGAGAACCUUGGGACAGCAGCUGACGUUCGUGCGGGACCAGAUUCGAAAAGCUGACGCGAACAGGAAGGGCGCGGACGCAACGGCUAACCGGCUGCGUGAUCAGUGUGAAGAAAUGCUGGAUACGAUGUCGGAAACGAACGCGGAAAUCAGACGCUUGAAAGACAAGCUAGCCGAGCUAGAAGACAAGAAGAAAAAGGACAACAAAACGUUUUGCGAUUUGAAUAUGGAAAUGCAGGACCAGGAAAAAACUGGCACGAGAAUCAUGGAAAAGAUGAACAAUUACAAAUUCGAAGAGCAGGAGCUGAUGCGAAAAAUAGAUAUCCUGGGGGAAGAUCAUCAACUAGUAAGACCGCGGGCGGAUGAUCACGCAUGCGAUGUCGGCGGCACGGAGGUGGGAGGGUAAAAGUCACAUUGAUAAUUUCAGAUUUUUCGACCGUUCAUUCUUCUUCUUGCAUCGUAAGUACGAAACGUGCAACAGCGAAUUUUUUUUUGGAAUACACAAUUUCAAAGAUUUGUUUCGACGAACUCACUACAGGUACUGACUGGAACUUUUUUUUCAGCGGUUUCGUGCGAGCCCCGAAGCGCCUGAUACUGGAAGCCGCAGAGCAGCGACCUUGAGGAGCUACGAGUUUUUCUUUUUUCAGUCGCCACCCGGAGGAUGAGAAUGAGUACACAUACCUGAAGCAAAGACCACACACAGUCGCAAUGUAGAAGUUUGAGAAAGCGAAGUAGUACGCCGAGUUUGUAGUGCGAAAAAAUAUACAGAUUGCAAUGGACGAAAAUGAACAUAAAAAAAGCAGCGUCUCACUGAGUAGUCUGGGGGUAUUAAUUGCGACAGCUGGAAGCUUCCUUUCCAAGCUCGUCGCAUCUCGCUUGGCAGCAAAAGCUCAGUUUGGCGGUGUCUCGAUCCGGGCAAGAUCUUCCGGAAUUUACGUAAAUUGCUCGGGUCGUAUCAAUGACUUUCAUAUCUUGCGCGAAUUUCGGACGAUCAGUGUCGUUCCAUCAUAAAAACCAUUAUCAUCAAUGUACGCACGUAGCAUGCGCGCUAUGUAAAAAUAAAAUGCUUCGAAGAAACUUCAGUCAAUAAGUCGAAAGCGAAAGCCUUGCUUGAAU